AUGUUCCAAAUUCAAGUGAUUGAGAGACUCUGGGAACAGAAAGAAGAUAAUCAGUAUGGAGAAAUAUUCAGCCAGAUCUUAGAUCCUCUUAUAAACAAGAGAAGUUCUUUUGGAGUAAAACCAAGUGAACACCAUGUGUGUGGAGAUGUCCUCGUUGCAGAUUCAUCCCUAGCCGUGCCCCAGACAGCUCAUGUUAGACACAAAGCACAUGGGUAUCUGGAACAUGGAGGGAAGCCAUAUGAAUAUAAGGAACAUGGGAAAGCCUUCCAUGAUCCCCAGUGUUUUCAGAAGCAUGAAAGAACUCUCACAGCAGAGAAACCCCAUGUGUGUAAGCACUGUGGAAAAGCAUUUAGUUCUUCUAGGUACAUUAAAGUUCAUGAACGAAUUCACAGUGGAGAGAAACCUUAUAAAUGCAAACAAUGUGGCAAAGCCUUUCGUUUUCCCAGUUCCCUUAAAAUUCAUGAACAGAUUCACAGUGGAAAGAAACCCUAUGUGUGUAAGCAAUGUGGAAAAGCCUUUAGCACUUCCAGAUACAUGAAAACACAUGAAAAAAUUCACAGUGGAAAGAAACCCUGUGUAUGUAAGCACUGUGGAAAAGCCUUUAGUUCUUCCUAUUAUAUUAAAAUCCAUGAACGAAUUCACAGUGGAGAGAAACCCUGUGUAUGUAAGCAAUGUGGAAAAGCCUUUAGUUCUUCCUAUCGCCUUAAAAUCCAUGAACAAGUUCACCGUGGAGAGAAACCCUGUGUAUGUAAACAAUGUGGAAAAGUCUUUAGUUCUUCCUAUUACAUAAAAAUCCAUGAACAAAUUCACAGUGGAGAGAAACCCUAUGUUUGUAAACAAUGUGGGAAAGCUUUUCAUUUACAUAGAUCCCUUCAAAGACAUGAAAUAACGCACACUAGAAGGAAACCCUAUGUAUGUAAGCAAUGUGGGAAACAAUUUAUUUCCUCCAGCUCCAUUAGAAAACAUGAACGAAUUCACAGUGGAGAGAAGCCUUAUACAUGUGAACAAUGUGGGAAAGCCUUUCCUUUUCUCAGUUCUCUUCAAAUGCAUGAACAAAUUCACAGUGGAAUAAAACCAUAUGUAUGUAAGCAAUGUGGAAAAGGCUUUAAUUCUUCUAACCAUAUGAAAACACAUGAACGCAUUCAUAGUGAAGAGAAACCUUAUACAUGCAAACAAUGUGGGAAAGCUUUUCAUUUCCCCAGAUCCCUUCAAAUACAUGAAAUAACCCACAAUGGAGAGAAACCCUUUGUAUGUAAGCAGUGUGGAAAGGGCUUUAGUUCUUCCAGCUCCAUUAGAAAACAUGAACAGAUUCACAGUGGAGAGAAGCCCUGUGUAUGUAGGCAAUGUGGAAAAGCCUUUAGUUCUUUCUAUUACAUUAAAAUCCAUGAACGAAUUCACAGUGGAGAGAAACCUUAUAAAUGCAAUCAAUGUGGGAAAGCCUUUCAUUUUCCAAAUUCCCUUCAAAUUCAUGAACAAAUUCACAGCGGAAAGAAACCUUAUGUAUGUAAGAAAUGUGGAAAAGCCUUUAGUUCUUCCAGCUCCAUUAGAAAACAUGAACGACUUCACAGUGGAGAGAAACCCUAUAUAUGUAAGCAAUGUGGAAAAGGCUUUAGUACUUCUAGAUGCAUGAAAACACAUGAACAGAUUCACAGUGGAGAAAAACCCUGUGUAUGUAAGCAAUGUGGAAAAGCCUUUAGUUCUACCUAUUAUAUUAAAAUCCAUGAACGAAUUCACAGUGGAGAGAAACCUUAUGAAUGCAAGCAAUGUGGAAAAGCCUUUGUUUUCCCAAUUCCCUUCAAAUUCAUGAACAGAUUCAUAGUGGAAAGAAACCCUACAUAUGUAAACAAUGUGGAAAAACCUUUAGUUCUUCCAGCUCCAUUAGAAAACAUGAACGGAUUCAUAAGGGAUAGAAACCCUAUUCAGUCAUUCUGA